UCUGACAAUCUCAAUUUCUUGUUAAAAUGGUCAUUUUAUUUCUAGUCUUUUUUAAUAAUUUACUUUAAUUUUAUUAAUAAAAACAUUAAAAUUUGUGAGAAAGAUGACUCAAAAAGAGGUAACGAUGGUGGAGUUGGAGGAAACGGUAAAGUGCACAGAUCAACAACUGGACCUGAUGGAGUGGAAGAUGGAUGCUGUAGAGAAGCAACUUGCUGAGCCAGUCGACAACCAGGAAGUCUGUGUUAUGAAUUUGCUCAAAUCUGUCUCUGAGGUUCGUUCGGAGUACCAGCAGCUGCGACGUGAGCUGGUGGAGGUUCAAGCACUACAGCGCGAGUUGUCUUCACGUCUGCGCGCGCAGCUGCGCCUAGUGCACGGCAAGUUUGCACGACUGCGGCAGCGCAUCGCCGCCGCAGAUCCGACGCGCUAGCCACGCGCACUACCGGCGUUAUGGCAGCAUGCCAACAAAAUAAUGCCCUUCUCUUGAUUACAUACUUUGGUCACGUGAUUCUGUCACUCCUUGUAUCUGGUGCGUAUCCAUAGCAACGUGCGUUACCAUAGUAACGCCUUUUUUUGAUGUAAUGUUCGUGGCGGUUUAAAGGUCGUGUCUUUAGUAUCAUGUAAUUUGAAAUUGUAAGUCACCAUUAAGUUUGAAUAUUACUAUACUAGCUGUACACGUUCCUCGGUACUUUUAUUGUUUCUCGAUUCUUUGUUUUGGAUCAUUUUUUUAUAUUUACAUGUUUGGUAUGAUAAAUGUUCAUGUUUUAACUGUGGGUUUCUGAGAUCCAAAUCUCUGUAUAAAAUAUAUCGUCAUCCCUGUCAUCUCUGAUAAAACAGAGAUAGCAAUAUAUUUUAAAUGGGGAAUUAGGUUUCAGAAACUCAUGGUUAGUAGUACUUAGCUGGUGGCUAAGUUUAAUAUAUAUAUUGAAACAACGAAUAAUGUGAAUUGUGUAUUUCAUUAUGUAAAAUUAUAUAGAUAGUAAAGUUAUUUUGUUUUGGUGCCAUUUAAAUAUAAAAAUAGCACAAAUUAUACAUAAAUAGCGCCAAUUUUAGUGCCAAAAAAUAGGAGUCAAACUUCUGUUUUCUACAAAUAUUAUUAGAUUCAAUAGAAUGAAAUUUUUUUCUUGGCAAAUUUUAAAAUAAAAAUUAAAUAGAUGCUACUUUAAAACUAGUGUAGACAUUUCUUAAGUCUAGAUUAAGAACUAGUCGGCUCAGCACACCUGACUGUUUAGUCUAUUAUCGUAAUCUUAGUAUAAAGCGUUAAUUUAAUUAAUCGUUUGACUAGAAUUUAACAAAAUCGUAAGUUGGUGCUAAAGGUAUGGUGUUUGAUACUUCGAAUCCGAUACAGUUUUUUGAAUGUUACUAAAUUUAUUAUUUAUUCAAAGAGUUUUAUACAAAUACCUUUAUUUCUUAGAAGUAUUAAUAAAUUUCGUACUCAAAGAUGCUAAUUGUCACUUAGGGAGGCUCCUAAACAACAUUUACUUUUAAACAUCGUUAUAACAACAAAAAUUUCGAAUGUUUUUUUUUUAUAAGAAUUUAAAUUUGAAAGCACUCCAAUGAAAUAUAAUCUUUGCAACUAACCUUGAGUUUCUGAGAACUAAAACGCUGUAUAAAAGAUAUCGUCAUCCUCGUCAUUAUCUUUGACAAAACAGAGAUAACAAUAUGU